AUGCAACUCGAGAAGUGCACUGAUGAUAGUUUCAGUUUUAUCAUAGGUGCUGUUGAUUUCAAGUGCAAAAAUAAGUAAUUCACACUUGCAUAGUACUGUGUUGAUAAGCUUUUUACUGAGGCAAGGUAAUCAUAAUUGUUUGGUACUGACUAUUGCAAGCUUAUGGAAUCAGCAAGCAAAAUUGAUGUGGUAUUCCCAAAUGAAUACCUAAUGAAUAGAGGCAAAAAAAAGUAAAAUAGCCUUCAAGCAAAGUAGUUUAAGAUUAAAGAUGAGAAGAUUAAUUAGACUUCCCUUAUCCUUGACGAUGAAGCAAUCAUCUCUAUGCUGAUCCCAUGA